AUGGGUGGUGGCGUGCCAAUGCCCACACCGGCUGGCCACCAGGCCGAGCUCAAUUACAUAUACGGCAUGGUGGAGGAGCUCAGCAGACAGCUUGCUGAGAACAGAAGAGCGACCGAAGAUAUUGUCAGCGGCAUAGGCCGUGUGCGGAAUCGCGCGCGGACACAAGGUCUCAGCAACGAUCAAGUCAUGGGCGCUGCCGCCGAGGAGAUCAACCGUCAAGAACAAAAUAUCGACGCUCUUGUCUCUAUCCUAUCCGAAUCGCUCGAAAAGGCCAAGCACUCGCGCGACGCCAACGCCACGCUCCUGACGCAGUUUGCCAACGCGCUGGCGGGAAUGCUAAAGCAGUUCCAUGAAUACAAGGCCAGGCACGUGGCGGACGUGGCGUCGUGGCACCGUUCAUACCGGGCGCAGUUGGACGAGGCGCGGCGCGAAAAUACCCGGCUGCGGGAGCAGAUGGGGGAAAUGCAGGCGCACGCGGCAACGGCCAACGACGCGCUACGGCGGUUCCGGCGCGCGUACGACGAGGACCCCGCGCGCUGGGACGGGCGCGUCCGCGAGGCGGCCCUACGCCAGGAAGUGCGAUUCUGGAAGCGCCUCGCCAUGCCGGACCUCGACGACGACGACCCCUGCUGGAGCGCCGACGACGACAUCAUUGACGCCGCGGAGAAGGAGCGCCUGGCGAACCUCGAGCGGCGAGCCGCCCACGAGCAGCACCUCGCGCGCGUUACGACGGACCACCACGUCCUCGGAGGGAACGACGAGGACGAGGAUGAUGACGAGGACGAGGAUGGGCUGCCGCCGCCGAUGAUGAUGCACGCGCCCACGCCGCCGCAGCUCGUACCGCCGGGCAGCGGCCCCCAAAUGGGGGGGUUUGCGAUGCAGAGAGGCGACGACGCGGGCUUGCCGCCACCGCGACCACUGAGCGCAGCAUCCAGUACUGGGUCGACAGGCCCGUAG